UUUUGGUGGGAAAGCUGAAAAGUUCAAUGCUGAACCGUCACUUUUAUUUGAUCCUUGAAAACGCCAAAUGAGACAGCUGAAGCCAUGGAGCGGGAAUUGUUUUUAACAGAUUAUCUCAGAGUUAACCAUUAUAAAGUGCUGCAACUAGAAGUCCAUCCACUCAACCUGUCACCAGUCCAGAGCAGGCCGCAGCAGAAAAAUGUCAUAUGGUUUGCCGAUCGACAUUUGCAGGAAAUUGUACAACUGGUUAAAGAUAUUGCCAUAAAGCGAUCAAGCCUGGCAGCCAAAGAAGCAAUGAACACCACUUCACAGUUGCUGACAGGCCAAACAGUGAGACUGGGGUAUGCGUUUAGGGAGAAGAAAGAACACCAAAGCUGCCUGAUACUUCGAGACAAUCUACCAUACAGUGAUGAGUUCAGUGAGGGAAAGAAAGCUCCCAUGAGUGGGAGAUACCGCAAUUAUCAGGUCCACAGGGAAAAAAUGGUUAUCUAUGUGCUUCCCUUAGAGAAAGGAAGACCGUCAGGAGUACAGAAGAUCCUUUCUGCCUUGAAUGAUGAGAAGAAAAUGCAGGUUGAGAUCAGUGAUUACUUUGUGCGUUCUCCUCGAUCCAAAGAUCCAUUGUCACCAAUUAAAGUGCCACUGACUGAGGACAAUACCACAGAAACAGGUGUCAAAUCUUUGGUGCCUGCUGACAGUACCUCUCUAGAGCCUGACGCCUCUUUAGCUCAAAGAUCUCAAUCAACUGAGGAUCUGAUCCUCAUUGAGGACUCUGACUCUGUGGACUGGGUGGUUGGCCAGGACAGGAAGGAAUCAAACCAUACAGCAGUGAAGGAGGACAAACAGAUGACCAUUAAACAUACCCUUCAGAAAUGUACCAACAAGUUGUCCAAGCAGUACAAAAGGAAGGCAAAACUGACCCAGAAACCAGCUGAAUGUGUCCAGCCUGUGGGUGACCUCCCUGAUAUUCAGUCAUAUGCUGAUAAUAACAAGGAGUGGCUCUCAGUCAAAGACAGUAGUGAGACCAAUCAAGUUACUGGAGACUCGGAGUUUCAAACAAAGCCUUAUGGUGUGAUGGAAGCGUUUGCUGCUGUAGCACAGAAGAAGCAGCUCAGCAAAAAUCUAAAGACAGGAAGGGCGAUGAUAGGGUCAGACAGUGAGAGUGAUGUGAGUCAUAGACUGCCACUGAGGAUGACCAAGAAGAGUAACAAGCUGAAAACAAAAACAAUAAAGAAUCACACUGAUAACAUUGAACAUUUUGAAAAUGAUAAUGACAAUGAAAUUCUUGUUUGUGAAAGCGGCACCUCCACAUCGCCAAUGUUGAAGAAGAAUGUUAAAAAAACAUCACUUUUCUCUCAGGAAAGCGACAAUGAUAACAAUGAGGAGAAGAAGAGAAAGUUGUCAGGUUCUUGUGAAAAUCGUCAGGAUCUGAGGAAAUCCAUAAAGCUCAGCAGGCUAGCUAAGGGCAUGUGUUCUAAGGAGUGUGAGUCAGAACCCAUGUCUCCAUCCAUGAAACAUUGCAGUGUCCCACUGACGAAGCUGUCUGAAACAUCACAGAGAGACAGUAACACCACCAGCACCACUAUAAUAAGGAAGGGAAAAUGUGCCCGACCAUCUAACAAGAGAAUCUCCAAGAGAAUUUCAGAAGUAUUUCAGCAGUGUGAGAAGAUAGCCGAGUUGAUUGACCUGGACUCUGAUGCUGAAGUAGAACUUGAGGGCAUCCUGCAGGAGUCAAAGUCCCACACUCAGCUGAUGAAGGAUGAGGAUCAUAUAGAGGCUAUGUGGAAAGUUGUCAGAUCUGUCAAGGAGUUGAGUAAUCUCAGUGCUGAGGAAUUAAUAUUUCUAGUUCACCAGAAUGAAGACUACUUGCGAAAUAUCUUUCAGGGGAAGAUAUUUUGUCAACGGCACCAGGACUACAAAGCUGGGGGGAGCACCAGAAAAAGGUUGAUGUACCAGGUUUACUUUGGGGCCUUUACAGAUGAGCAGGGAGACUUGGUUAUGGACUCUUUGUUGUCAAUCUUUUGCAAAAAACACAAAAAGUAUUUGGACUACUUGAUGAAGGUGCUGUUGCCUGAGAUGUUUGUGAAGAUCUACAUGGAUGUGAGACAGGUGAACCAUGAAGAGGCCAGGGCAAUGAUUCAGGCUUCCUGAAGGCGAAUUUAGGUCAUGUUUCAGACUUGCUGAAAGGGAAUAAAGCCCAUGAAUCAGGCAUACCAUAUGUGCAUUUAGGCCAUGGUUCAGGCAUGCUAAAGGGGAAUUUAGGCCAUGAUUCAGACUUUCUGAAGGGGAAUCAAGGCCAUGGUUCAGACUUGUUGAAGAGGAAUUUAGGCCAUGGUUCAGGCUUGCUGAAGGGGAAUUUAGGCCAUGUUUCAGACUUUCUGAAGGGGAAUCAAGGCCAUGGUUCAGGCUUGUUGAACGGGAAUUUAGGCCAUGGUUCAGACUUUCUGAAGGGGAAUGUAGACCAUGAUUCAGGCUUGCUGAAGGGGAAUCAAGGCCAUGAUUCAGGCUUGCUGAAGAGGAAUUUAGGCCAUGGUUCAAGCUUGCUGAAGAGGAAUUUAGGCCAUGUUUCAGACUUUCUGAAGGGGAAUUAAGGCCAUGGUUCAGGCUUGUUGAACGGGAAUUUAGGCCAUGAUUCAGACUUUCUGAAGGGGAAUCAAGGCCAUGAUUCAGGCUUGCUGAAGAGGAAUUUAGGCCAUGGUUCAGACUUGCUGAAGGGGAAUUUAGGCCAUGUUUCAGACUUUCUGAAGGGGAAUCAAGGCCAUGGUUCAGGCUUGUUGAACGGGAAUUUAGGCCAUGGUUCAGACUUUCUGAAGGGGAAUGUAGACCAUGAUUCAGGCUUGCUGAAGGGGAAUUUAGGCCAUGAUUCAGGCUUGCUGAAGGGGAAUUUAGCUCAUGAUUCAGGCUUACAUGAACUUUCUGAAGAGGAAUUAAGGCAUGUUUCAUACUUGCUCAAGGGGAAUCAAGGCCAUGAAUCAGACUUGCUCAAAGGGAAUUUAGGCCAUGAUUCAGGCUUGCUGAAGGGGAUUCAAGGCCAUGGUUCAGACUUGCUGAAAUGGAAUUUAGCUUGUGAUUCGGGCUUACAUGUACUUGCUGAAGGGGAAUUUAGGUCAUGUGUCAGGUUUGCUGUGGGGCAUUUAGGCCAUCAUUCUGGCUUAUUGAGGGGAAUUAAGGCCAUGUUUCAGGCUUUGUUUUGAGGCAACCCAGAAAUUCGCACAAUACAAUGUUUGCGCGCGGAUCACACAUGUAAAUAAUGUGACAUAUUGAAAGCUAAUCAUGAGUCCACUUAAACCAUGUAUUAUAAAGUAUUUGUUAUUCCCAACGAUCUGCACGGCAGAGCUGAAGUUCAAUGUUAGGCUGCAUAAUUCCAACACAAUACCAUGUGUGAAAUUUGAAGUUCACUGAAAAUCUGCCGUCAUCUAGAUACCCAGCCCAAAAAAAAAACAGUCAUGUUUCUAAAUACAGCAACUUCAGUGAAUGGGUGGUCGAUGGGAAACCCAGGCUAAAACUGAACAUUCAAAUUGCCCACUCUUAAGUCAGAUACAGGUUAUUAGAGAUCUGGAAGUCUUUAAUUACAUGUAAAUGUACAUGUAGAAAGUGUUUAAGAAAGCAGCACAAUUCUCCUGUCAGCAAAAUUUCUGUUUAAGAAAACAAGCCAAGAGCUAUAGCUUGCUUUACAAGAAUUUCAUGAGGAAUUUAGACCAUGAUUCAGGCUUUGCUGAGAGGAAGAAGGUCAUGAUUCAGGCUUAUCUAAAUUAAGACUAUGAUUCAGGCUUGCUAAAGGGAAAUUUAAACCAUGAUUUAAGCUCACUGACAGGAUCAGGUUCAUGAUUCAGGCUUUAAUACUGAAGGGGAAUUUAGGCCAUGAUUUAGGCUAACUGAAGGGGAAUUUAGGCCAUGAUCAGGCUUAUUGAAGGGGAAUUUAGGCCGUAAUUCAGGCUCACUGAAGGGAAUUUAUGCCAUGAUUCAGGCUUGCUGAGGGGAAUCAAGACAUGAUUCAGGCUUUAAUACUGAGGGAAAUCAAAGCCAUAAUCCAGUCUUGCUGAGAGGAUCAAGGUCAUGAUUCACGCUUGCUGAGGGAAUUCAGGCCAUUGCCCAGUUUGUUGAGGGGAUCAUGACCAUCAUGACCAUGAAUUAGGUUUUCUAAAGGAGAUUUCAGGCUUACUGUUAAGAAUGAAGGCCAUGAUCUAGACUUGUUGAGCAGAUGACGACCAAGAUUUCCUAAAGGCAAAUUUAGGCUGUGAUUCAGACUUGGUGUCGUACAAAAUUUUGGCAUGGUGUGGUAAAUAUUUUUGGAUCUUUUGUAAUAGUGUGAGCUUGAAUGAUAUAAGUUAACACUGAUUCUCAGUUUGUUUCUCCCAGGACAACAUGUCAUCAGUUGUUACACCCCAAAGUUUUGUAUACAUAACAUUUUCAAUUUCUUUUCCAUUAAUUUCAUUGCAGAGUUUCCUCUCCAAUUUAGCUAUACACUUCCAUGAACCAACUCUCAUGCAUCAUAUCAACGUUGAUUGCAAUGUCAUUAUCAUUGCAUCACUGCAGUAUUCUUUUGCUUUUGUUUUCGAGUGCUGUCUCUACACAAUUUUUGGACUGACGUUAACACUGUUGUUUCAUCCACAAACAGAUCAAUAAUACAUUUCUUAGCUUGUAGUUGGAGAUCAAUUAAUGAAGAUAAGGAACAGUAGAGGGGCAAGUAUACAGCCCUAGCGGACUCUGCAUGUUAUUUCAUGUAGUUAAGAUUAUAUUCUUCCUGGACAGGCUUUUUAUUUUCUGUGUGAUAGAUAACUUUGAAACCAUGAAAUUACUUUGUUACUGCAUUGAUAGCAAGUCAGUUUCUGUAACAACGGUUGGUGGUUAACAAGGUCAUAUGGUUUUUUAAGACUUGAGCAGAGGACACCAUGAUUCAAGCUGACGAAGGUGUAUUUAGGACAUAAUUGGGGAGUUUUCGAGUUUGAACCCUUUUAUUGAUGAAGGUAGAAAAAACCAAGCUGUAUCUUGUGACCUGUCAAAAUGUCAGGCAACUAUUUUUGAUCCCAUUCACUUAAACAUGGUUGUCUGAAAAAAGUGUCACAAAUUAGAGCAGAUGAUGGAGAAACUUGAUGGAGAAAAUUGAGAAUCUGAACAUUUGUGAACUUAAAAAGUUCCUAAAGGACAGAACUGACAUUUGUUCCUCUGGAAAAGGAUGAGAGAUGUGAUCAGUUAAUCAAUGUCAAGAAAGGUUGCCUAACAUUUUUCACAAGUGCCAUGACACAGUAGGACUGUUUUUAUCUUUGACAAAAGAAUUCCAACUUCAAACUCGCCUAUUCCAGCUUACAUGUAGUGUCAAUAAUCAAGUGUUGUUGAUGCAGCUAUGCUGUGUCUUUGGUCUGCCAUGGCCCGUUCAGUUGGCACUCCAGGCUGGCUCACAACAGGCACAGUGAACAUGUGGUUGUCUUAAAAGUAUGUGUUAUGUUUUAAUGUACCAGUUUAAAUGACAACUGACAUCACGUAGUAAAUGUAAGUUGAGUGGGUGAGUGUCUGGACCUGUUUCUGUGAUUCAAACAUGGUACUGUAAAUAUUACCCCACUGGUAUGACUUAUGCCUUGUAAGGUUUUAUUACAUAAAUAUUUGACAAAUCAUUGUUAGCUUUAGCAUUAUUGACAGUGCCUUUACUUUUAGUACCACAGGGUAUUUUCUUCAUUUUGUUUCCUAUACACAAUUAAAUGAUUGUUAAGGUUAUGUACUACUCCGUUCCAUCCAUUGUUCUUUUUGUCAGUAUAUCAACUUUGUGAAAAACAUUUGAGGAGAAACGAGAAUAUAGACAUUUAUGAAAAAUUACAUAAACAUGUAAACAUGCAUGCUUUUGAAAUACUUGUAAUUCAAGCUGAUUUACAUAGUGUAUUUUGUUCGUUUGUUUUGGUAAUUUGUUAGAAACAAAGAUUUUUUUUCUACCACCAGUUCUGUUGUGGUUGGUACAUUCACCAGUUAGGUCUUUGUUUUACAUUUAUCGAAAACGUGAGAAUAAAUAUCAAGAUCUCCAUCAGAGGAUUAUUCACUUGUGUUGCUGUAAGUACGAUGCCUUACUGUAAGUAAUCAUGACUACUAGUACAUAAUCAAACUUCAGCGCUUGGCACUGCACAG